CAAUUUGAUGCGACACAAGGGAUUAAUGGUUGCAGUCAAUGUACGGCGCUCCUGUCAUUGUUUACAUUUCGAAACGGUAUGUUGUCUAUGCUUUUGUAGCUGUCAUCGGUAAAGGAUUAAGCUUAAUCGCUCGAUGAUAAUAAACGUGGCUGAAUUAAUGCGACAAGAUUCUACCUGAGAUAGUAUCAAGCCGACUUGCCGUGAACUAGCCCAUGUGCUAACUAUCCUGCUAUAUUUACUGUAUCAGCCGCUGCACCAGAAAUGACAAGUUAGUCUGCAUCUUUAUGUGGCUUUUCUCCUGCUUGGAUCUUAAGGACAACCAAAUGAGUAAGGCGCUAUAGCGCCAGGUGAGCCUUCAGGCCCAGACAACAUCUUCAUUUGAGGAAUAUCGCAGGGUGCACAAUGUUUAGUGUACCUCAAAGCUCCAAGUCUGAGUUCCUGGAUAAAGCCAGGCAGGCCAGGGAGGAAAGGAAAGGACUGAAGGAGAAGGAGAAAUCAGCAAUCCACAUCCAAGCCCUGGUCAGGAGCUUUCUCUGUCGCUGCAGACUCCAGAAAGAAAUAAGAAAAGAGGUUGACGACUAUUUUCAAGUAUCUGAGACUGGGACAUCAAAAAGAAAUGCACUUUCAAUUUUUAAAAUUGCUCGGAAAUUACUGUUCAUUUAUCGCCAAGAGGACAAGAUGAGGUUCGAGAAGCUUUGUCGUGCUAUUCUUUCCAGCAUGGAGGUUGAAAAUGAACCUAAAGUUUGGUAUGUAUCCUUGGCUCUUUCUAAAGACCUCACCAUUGCCUGGCUCAAACAAAUAAAAGAUGUGCUCUGGACCUGUUGUUCACUGUUGAAAAAUCUAAAACCUGACAUACUUCAGGACAAUAAAUUGGUAACAUUGUACCUCACCAUGCUGGUGACCUUCACCGACACAUCAACGUGGCGGAUAGUCAGAGGAAAGGGAGAAGCUCUCAGACCUGCUCUGAUGAGAAUUUGUGAGAAUAUCAUGGGCCAUCUCAAUCAAAAGGGAUUCUAUUCAAUGCUGCAGAUCUUGCUGACGAAUGGCUUGGCUCGUUCUAAACCAUCUCUUUCUAAAGGAACUCUUACGGCUGUCUUCACUCUGUCACUAAGGCCGGUCAUUGCGGCUCAUUUCUCUGACAACCUGUUACGAUCAUUCCUCUUGCAUAUUAUGUCAGUUCCAGCAGUUGUGUACCACCUCAGUGUGCUCACUCCAGAGUGUAUGGCAACCAUCCAGACCCAUGACCUACUGCGGAAAUUCAUUCUGUUUCUCAGUCGAGAGGAACAGUGUUUAGACAUCUGUGUGUGUUUGGAGGGGAGCCACACACUCUGCUUAUUAGGCAACCUUAUUCAUUUGGGCUACCUUAAUGAGAAAGUCCUUGAAGAGGAGGCCAAUCAUUUUGUGAAGGAUCUGACUGACAUGCUGUCUUACUGUCAGAGAUAUGUCUCACAAAAGAAGUCUAACCUUACUCACUGGCAUCCCGUCCUGGGAUGGUUCUCCCAAACUGUAGACUAUGGUUUGAAUGAAUCGAUGCCACUCGUCACUAAACAGCUUCAGAACCUGUGGGGUGUUUCCAUCAUUCGGACGCUCUUCAAUGACGUCCUCUCCAAAAAGCUGGAGAGUCAGGAGCCCACUCCUCCACCACCACAGCCUAGUACUUCACAAAACAAUCUACCCGUUAAAAAUCUCUUCAAGCGAGCAUUUCAGAAAUCAGCUUCAGUCCGAAACAUCCUGAAGCCAGUUGGUGGGAAGCGUGUCGAUUCAGCUGAAGUUCAGAAGGUGUGCAGCAUCUGUGUGCUCUAUCAGACCGCCCUGUCCACACUGACACAGAUACGACUCCAAAUACUCACUGGUUUGACACAUCUUGAUGACCUUCUACCCAAGCUUUGGGCCUUCAUAUGUGAGCUCGGUCCACAGGGAGGCCUUAAACUCUUCAUGGAGUGUCUGAACAAUGACACUGAUGAGUCCAAGCAGCUCUUAGCUAUGCUCAUGCUCUUCUGUGACUGCUCUAGGCACCUCAUCACGAUUCUGGAUGACAUUGAAGUCUAUGAAGAACAAACUUCUUUCAAGAUAGAGGAGCUGAUUACUAUCUCCUCAUUCCUGAACACGUUUGUGUACAAGAUGAUCUGGGAUGGUAUCUUAGAAAAUGCAAAAGGGGAGAAGUUGGAGUUAUUUCACAGUGUUCAUGGUUGGCUAAUGGUGCUUUAUGAACGAGACUGCAGACGGAGAUUCACCCCCGAUGACCACUGGCUACGCAAGGACCUUAAGCCCAGUCUGUUAUUUCAAGAGCUAGAGAAAGGCAAGAAACGAGCCCAGCUUCUGCUACAGUACAUCCCACACGUCAUUCCACAUAAAAAUAGGGUGUUGCUUUUCAGGAACAUUGUGACAAAGGAAAAAGAAAAUUUAGGGUUGGUGGAAACAAGCUCUGCCUCCCCACAUGUCACCCAUAUAACCAUUCGUCGCUCACGGAUGUUGGAGGAUGGAUAUGACCAGCUCCGGCGACUACCAGUGAAUUCCAUUAAAGGAGUGAUUCGUGUGAAGUUUGUUAAUGACCUGGGAGUAGAUGAGGCCGGUAUUGAUCAGGAUGGUGUUUUCAAGGAGUUUCUCGAGGAGAUCAUUAAGAAAGUGUUCAAUCCUGCUCUCAACCUGUUCAAGACUACAAGUGGAAAUGAAAGACUUUAUCCUUCACCCACAUCUUACAUCCAUGAAAACCACUUGCAGCUGUUUGAGUUUGUGGGGAAGAUGCUUGGGAAAGCUGUAUAUGAGGGAAUUGUUGUGGAUGUCCCCUUUGCCUCUUUCUUUCUGAGUCAAGUUUUGGGUCACCAUCACAGCACUUUUUACAGCUCCAUCGAUGAGCUGCCAUCAUUGGACUCUGAAUUUUACAAAAAUCUCACUUCAAUCAAGCGCUACGAUGGAGACGUAGGAGAUCUAGGACUAACAUUAUCCUAUGAUGAGGAUGUGAUGGGACAGCUUGUGUGUCAUGAGUUGAUACCUGGAGGCAAAACUAUGCCAGUCACUAAUGAAAACAAGAUUAGCUACAUCCACCUCAUGGCUCACUUCCGGAUGCACACGCAGAUUAAGGAGCAAACUGCUGCCUUCAUUCGUGGGUUCCGCAGCAUCAUUAACCCUGAGUGGUUGCACAUGUUUUCCACGCCUGAAGUUCAGCGCCUUGUAUCUGGGGACAAUGCUGAGAUUGAUUUAGAUGACCUCAAAAAACACACAGUAUAUUAUGGAGGUUUUCACAGCAGCCACCGUGUCAUCAUCUGGCUGUGGGACAUCUUAUCCAGUGACUUUAAUGCUGAAGAGAGGGCUAUGUUCCUCAAAUUUGUCACCAGCUGUUCAAGGCCGCCUCUCCUUGGAUUUGCCUACCUCAAACCACCUUUCUCCAUCCGUUGUGUUGAAGUUUCAGAUGAUCAGGACACUGGGGAUACUCUUGGCAGCGUCCUUAGGGGAUUUUUCACCAUCCGUAAGAAGGAACCUGGAGGUCGACUUCCAACUUCUUCUACAUGCUUCAACUUGCUAAAGCUGCCCAACUACAGCAAGAAGAGCAUUUUACGUGAUAAGCUGCGAUACGCCAUCAGCAUGAACACAGGCUUUGAGCUCUCCUAACUCAAGUGCAAUGGGACAAGCUACACAGGAGGGUUGUGUGAAGCAGCCUGAUUCAACAACAGGCCCAGUUUACUUGGACACUAGCCUGUCAUGUCUGUGGGAGUCAUCAAAACACUGUGGAAUCAUGAAGGACCUCAGUGUCUCCCUCUGUCUUUCAUUAAUGUGGACGAGUUCUGACUUUCAGUGCACUCCGUCGCAUCAAAGGGGGGUGCUAUUGUUGCAGCACAAUCCAAUUUUUGGCAUCUCCCUUUGCCACUCCCAAAAUUCAAUAUGUCAUGUAUUUAACUUGAUGAAAUACUGAUAUACAGUGGCUAAAUCUCUGUUUCUCAGGCUUAACAGAAUCAUCCUCGGAUCUAACACUCCCAUUUUAAGUGAACUGGAAAGCAAUACAGAAGCAAUGCAAGCCAUUAGACACGUGGUUGACUCACUUAAGUGAAACCAAGCGAUGCAUUGUUAAUAUACUUAUGAGCUUGGGCUCCAUUAUCAAGCAACUUUUAGCUGAUAUUGGAUGAGUCUUAAAAUGUUUUGCUGAACAUAAUGCAUCUUUUAUAAAUGGAAGACAAAUCAAUGUCUUGUGUUCAACCUCUGUGAAGGAGGAGUGGCUCAUAAAAGUGAUCCUGUGUUUAUUACAUUAUAUACCAUUUGGAGAAAAAAAAUCUUGUUGACCUCAUUCCAUUUCUCCCCUUUUAAAAAAACACUGCACUCACCUGAGCAAGACUUUGGCCCCGGGGUUUUUAUGUUCUCCAUGAGGAGAUACAGCAUAUUCAGAAACCUAUGAUCUGCCUCAGCCCUGGUGAAGCAGUGAAGAAUUUAUUAACAUGAAAAAACAUUUGAUUAUGCAGAAGGACAGAAAGAAAAUGUGUUUUUGCUGUAGCAUCUUGUACAUUUGAGAGAAAGAACUGGAAAGGUUUUUUCCACUAUUUGUAUCUGCCCCGUAGAGCAGACACAGCUGAUCAUUGUCACACAUCUGUGUUUUACCUUCACUUAAAAAAAUGAAGAGUAAAGUCAAUCAUGUUAGUAUUUGUAUUUACGACUAGUUAAACUGAAGAUUUCUCUCUUUGAGUAAUGAGUGCCUCAUGUAUUGCCAUUUCCCCUGCUAUCACAUCCGACUGUAUUAAACUGUAACCAAUAUCCACAUAUAUCGGAAACAAGCCAUAGAAAUGGGGGCUACGUAACUAGACUUUACCUGUUCCUACUAAAAAGUAAGUGCAGAAACCUGACCACUGUACUACAACUACAACAUCUAAGGAGGCUUUUACUAAAAAAUGCUCUCUGUGGACUUUCUAAGCCAUGUGGAAAAGUAUUUGAGGUUCAAACCUCUCAACAUGAUGUCAUGGACUGGUUCGUCAAACCAAAUGUGACUGCUUGACUCCUUUGGAUGGCAAUGUUGCACAAGUGUCUGCUGUUUGUGUCUUCUGUAUAAGUGACAUUAGGGGGAAUGUUACCUUGUAAGCCUGAAAUAUUACUUCACACAGGGUUAAAUUAUGUCAUGCAGUCAAUGAAAAGACCUUUAGUAAUCAAGCAGAUUGAAGACUGAUGUUUGAGAGUCAAAAAAAAAAUAUAUAUAUAUCUCAUCUCUUUAACCAGUUCUUUAUUAUGCAAAAAAUGCUUUCUAUCACAAAUAUGAAUUUUGUGAAUUUUGUUAGCAAGUAACACAGGCUGUAGAACAUACUGGUCAUUAUUGCCAUGUUUUUAACCAGUAAUGUCUUGGCCACUAAUGUGUGAAAACAGCAAAAAUAUGAUUAAUGAAAAUGCAACCAUACAUAUUUAAAACACAGAUUGUCUAAUAAUGAGAUUGAAACUCCUUUCAAAUAUUUGACAAUUCAGUCAGGAGGAUUUUGCAUCGACUCUCCUUAAAACAACACUACGCUGAGUAUGUGCAAGAGAGAUGGAAGAUACCUCAUAAGCUUGUCUGUCUAGUUUGAUGAGGCCACUCAUCUGUUUUCAAUGAUGUCAAGAGUAGGGUAGACCUUAAAUGUACCAGUGGACUGCUAAUGCUGACUUUGAAUAUUCACUCUUUUAAGUACAAAAAUAAAACCAAUCCUGGAAAUGUA